GUGAAAGUAAACUGGUGAUAAAAACCGAUGUGUCUGUUUGACACCAGAUAAAAGUCACAGGAGCUCAAAGAGGAACUUUGUAGUUGACAUGGCCAGCGUCAGUAAACAGUGGGUUCUCCUGGCAGCGGGUUCUAAAGGCUGGGAAAACUACAGACACCAGGCCGACGUGUGUCACGCUUACCAGGUGGUGAAACAGAAUGGUAUUCCAGAUGAACAGAUUGUGGUGAUGAUGUAUGAUGACAUUGCUUAUAAUGACGAAAAUCCGUUCCCUGGCAACAUAAUCAACGUACCACAAGGCAGAGAUGUUUACGCUGGGGUUCCUAAAGACUACACCGAACAGGACGUUUCAGCUGCAAACUUUCUGUCUGUCCUGCGUGGAGAUUCACGAGCCAUCAGGAAAAGAGGACCGAAAAAAGUCAUCAAAAGUGGUCCGAACGAUUCCAUCUUCAUCUACUUAUCAGACCACGGAGGUCACGGAGUCUUUGAAUUUCCUAAUUCUACACUUUAUGCCCACGAUCUCAUCGACACAGUGAAAACCAUGUCCAGCAGCGGCAGAUUUUCACAGAUGGUUAUUUACAUGGAAGCAUGCAGUUCUGGAUCAAUGCUGGAAGCGCUUCCAAAAUUAGGCAACGUGUACGCCGUUGCAGCGAGUAAACCUGAUGAGAGCUCGUACGCUUGCUACUUCGACACAGAGAGGAAUGCGUAUCUCGCUGAUGCUUUCACAGCUUAUUGGCUGCACCACACCAAAAAAAGAGAUCUAAGGUACACCACUCUUCAGGACCAGUUUGAUUAUAUAAAAGAAAAUGUCAUGACUAGGGAGGAGAAUCAGACACCCUGUAAUUAUGGGAGCAGGUCGAUGCUCCAGAUGCCCCUGAGCGUAUUUCUGGGACGGUCUCCAUACCACGUCAGGAGGAAUUACACAUCUCGGUCACGCAACUUCGAAGUGACUGAUGUGGUAGAAAGUGCAAAUGUUCCACUGUUAAUCCAACAAAACCGAAUCAGAAAAGAACAGAACCCCAGAAGAAGAGAGUCUCUUAAAAGACAAUAUGAUGAGCUUGAGCGUAAGAGGAAGAAAAUGAACAAGGCCAUGCAGAAGAUUGUGCAGUGCUGUGCUCAUGAUGGAGCUCUGUGUGAGAGACUGGAGGUGACGCGUCCGUACGAGCUCAAAGUCGUGGCUGAGCAUUUCAGGACAACUGUCUUCGACUGGGAUGAAGAGGCGUUUGUUUUCACUCGUUCACACCUGCAGGUUUUAGUGAAUCUGUGUGAGUUUGGCCUGGAGGUUGAGAGCAUCACUGCAGCCAUGGACCACGUCAGCCAGCGGAUUCGGUUCUAAAGGAAACAUCUGCAGAAUCGAGGCAGUGGAGUGACAUCAAACUUCAGUCAUUUUAUAUUCUUUGUUCUGAUUAUCUCAACUUUCUAUAUAUGCAUCACAUGAAAUGGCUUUGGCUCUAAGACCCAUGUAUUAAAUUCAGUGUAUCUUCUUUAUCAUACUGGUUUAAUUUGAUAGAUGGAAACUUUUAAUGUAUUUUAUUCAUAAUUAGAUUAAAUACUUGUUUGUUUACUGAAAAUGUCCUGAAAGUAAUGACAAUUUGUUCCACUAUAGGUCACAAUCAUUUUAUGUGAUUACUGUUUUUUAUAUUUCAGACAAGGGAGAGUUUUUAAAACUGUUUCAAUUAGAAAUUUAUUUUAUAAAAUAAAUCCUAGAUGUAAGGCAUGACAUCAUGGCUCCACCUGCACUUCCCCUUUCAAUCCACCAGAGGGAACCACCCACACUAUUUAAGACUCCCAGGCAUGCAGUUCUUUUCUGCAUCUUCAUGUAUUUAAACCAUUUAAACAAUCUAUGUGAUGUAUUUUUAGUUCUAUCGAUGUACCGAGCCGUUUCUUUACCAUAGUUAUUGUUUAUAGUGUGUCUCGAUUUCUUGCUUUGUUUCUUGGUUUUACAAUUUUUGGAUUUAUAUUUUUGGAUUUUUCAGCUUUGGUGUUAAUAAAAUUAACAACAGGUGCACUAGUGACAAUGAGACGACAACAACAACAACAAAAACAACAAUAACAAUAAUAAUAAU